UUCAUGCUUGGAGGAUAACUAGCGGGGGAGAAGCGUCGUUUUCCAAGUACUACAUAAUCUCUAAAUAAUGUAUCAUAGCGAUGCUUCUCCUUCUCCACUUCAGCUAAAGGAGCUAUUGCUUCAAUCGAUAGACCGGGAUGCUAAUGUAUUGUGCAUGAAGACAGUGGCGGAAGUUAUCGCAAUGCUGGAGAAAUACCCCAUUACUAAAGAAGAACUUGAGGAAACAAGAUUGGGAAGACACAUUAACAACUUGCGUAAGAAGACCUUGAACACAGAUCUUUCCAAACGAGCCAAAAGGCUGCUGAAAACCUGGAGGAAGAUCGCUCUGGUCGGGCAGGAGUCAAUGGUGGUAGCUCCUGGUGUCACUGCAGAGGCAGACACAGACACACUGGAGAUGGCCUUUCCAGAAACUUGUUUUCCAAAGUCUGCAGAUGUGGACAACAGGAAUGUUCCUCCUUCCACCAAAGACCUAUCCUUCACUCAAUACAACAUGCGCCUAAAACAGGAGUUCACUGCAGUGGACAGCCCAGAGGUCAUCACCAGCCCCACAGCUGAGUCAGCGAGCCCGGGUUUCCUCCCCUAUAGACCCGUCACCUCUUCUAAAGCAGUGCCCAAGGUCGCCAAUCACAGGCAUCUUGCCAGAAGCAACAAAGUGCCACCUAGCCCCAAUUCUGGUCACUCAAACCCUUGGCUGGGGAAACCCGAAUCCUGGCCUAGAGUAUUUCAGGAACCUGGAAGUUUGGAGACCAUUUCCCCAGCCAGUUGUAGCACACCUCCACACAGCCCAGCUGCUGUCGCUUCAGAUUACUCUGCGAAUCACAAGUGGCCCCAGUCAACACUGCCUUUCCCAGUCAGUCUGAUGGAGCGUGUUGAAGAGGUGCAGCACACCAGUAGUUCUCAGCCCUCAACCUUUGAUAACCAGAACACAAAGCUCCCAAUAUUGCCCGAGAUUGGUUAUAACCAGCCUAAGGACAAUAUCGGUUCACUAGUGCCUACAGACUGUUUAGACACGGAAAGGAUUCCUUUAAAAAACAAACCCAAAAGAGGGAGAAAGAAGGGGAGGCUCAAAGACUUCAGAGUGAACCUUGACAGCCCACAAUCGGACACGAUGGAAAGACCAGGGAGGUUAAAAGAACGGAGAAUAACGUACAACCCCUUGACGGGGCAGAUUAUUCUAGCUAGUCAGAAGACAAUAGCGGCCACUCAUGAUGUUGGGGUACUGGCGGUUAGCUGCGGUCAAGUUUCCGAGCUGCGGGAGAGGAACUUGCAGAUUUGGGACAGCAUGGACAAGCAGGACUGGAAGGAGUUUGCCAAAAACAAGAUCAUUCAAAAAUACCUGAGCAGCCAGUGUCACAGGUGGUCCUUCUCCAGCUUGGAGCCUCAAGAAUACCGUGAACACUUGAGGGACUGCUGCCCCACUUCACAGCCUUCUCUAGUGCUGCCAACAGAGCCUAGCACCAGUAUUUCUGGAGUCAUCCGAGAGGUCUCAAUGGAGGACGUGGCUCGACUGCACACUCAAAACUGGCAGGGAGUUAACGGUUGUUAUGACGACAAAGGAAAUUGGUAUGACUGGGCGCGGUGUAUUUCAUUGGACCCUUAUAGAGACGAAGGAAAGUUGAAUAUUUUGCCUUACGUGUGCCUUGACUAGUGUCCCAGAUUUACUAUAAUUAUAUAAAGUCACUUGGCAUCUACAAGCUGUUGAGCAAUGACAUUUGGCAGGACCAUACUAUGUUUAAAAACAUUCUAGGACAACCCCAUUCGGCACUGUAUUCUAUCCUUAAGGGUUUACUCUUGUUCCCUGGCUUUAGACGGUAGGCACAGGGUAAUGAAACAGAAUAAUUUCUCCAGAGACUACUUCCUGUGCACUGGUCCUCAGUCACAAAUAAACAGGAUGUGGGGUAAGUGAUGUAGUUUUUCAAUGGAAACUCCAUCUAUUUACAAAGUGUGAAAAUUUAGACAAUGGCAGCAGCAACAGCACAAAGUAGCCAAGUGACGUUAUAAAAAUCACCUAAUUUAUUCUUGGUAAAUAGAGGUGGAGAAAUAGGUUAUUUAGUCAUUUUUAGGCAACUGAAAGUUGUAUUUCAUUGCGGACCGGUUAUUUCAGUAUUGUUCGGAGACUACUUGAAUCUUUUUGUUUUAAAUACAGCACAUUUAUUUGUUAUGA